AUGCGCCCCACGAUCCCGGUAGCCUACCUUCUUCCGUUCCUCUGCGUCACGCUCUUCGUCACGCAGCUCGGCCUGUCGCUGAGCGACCUGCCCAGCCUGAAGCUGAUGCAGGACAUCGCGUGUAAGAAGCACUUCGGCCUCGUGACGCAGGAGCUAUUGCCCGAGGAGAAGUGUAGGGAUGCCGCGGUGCAGAGGAUCUUGAACCGGAUCAACAUUGGCAUCUCAGUCUCUGUAACCAUUGGAAGCGCGCUGGUUGCGUUUCCGCUCGGAAUCCUCGCCGAUCGAGUCGGGCGCGUGCCUGUCCUCGCGGCAAGCCUCCUCAGCCUCUUCCUCUCCCAGGGGUACGCAAUGCUCGUCUGCUGGAGGUGGGAGGCGAUGCCGCUCGAAGCCAUGUGGGCUAUGGGCGUCUUCUUCCUCCUCGGCGGAGGGCAGAGAAUGGCCGAAGCAAUCGUCUUCACCAUGGUUGCCGACGUGGCUCCCAGGUCGCAGAGGGCUUCGUGGUUUCAAUGGGUGGUUGGAGCGGUUCUUGCCGCCGAGCUCGCUGGGCCGUUCCUGUCCGCGCGUCUGAUCGAAUCGUCUAUAUGGCUUCUGCUGUACGUUUCUCUCGCUCUCGUUGCCGUCGGCGGUAUUCUCCUCGCCCUAUUGAGUCCCGAGACUCUUUGUCGCAAGACAGACGGCGUCAAAGAGGAUCUUGACGGUGGCUCGCCGGUAACCACCAAACGAACCAUUUUCGCGAUAUUCAGCCGUCCAGCAGUCUUCCUGGUCCCUGGUGCGGUGCUCUCGUUGCCAAUGGCAGCAACCCUAUCUGGAAUACUAUUCCGGUUUAUGCCGGUACAGUUCCAUUGGCAACUGUCUAAAUCAGCUCUCCUAGUCUCCCUCCGCAGCAUGAUCACCCUGGUUACUCUCCUCCUUCUCCUCCCCGGAGCUGCGUAUAUUUGCAACAAGAAAACAACAUAUUCUCACCGAUAUCGCGACGGCAUCUUUUUGAGAGCAAGUGCAUUGUGCUUUUUGGCAGGCUCGGCAUUUUUCGUCUUGGUCCUCAGCCAAGGAUUCAUUAUUGCUGGCGUUGUGCUUUCUGCGCUUGGCUCUGGUAUCCCGACACUCUGUAGAUCCAUGAUGGUUUCGGCCCUUGGCGAGAAGAGUACUGGACUGCUUUUCGGCAUACUUGCUCUCGGGGAAAUCAUUGGCUUUUUGUGUUGUACUGUAGCCAUGGGUGCGUUAUUCGACGUGGCAUUGACAUCGUGGAUCGGGUACCCGUUCGUUCUGGGAGUGGUCCUUGCAGGUGCCAUCUUUAUUACAUCGUGGAUGGCUGGCACAUCAAAGGAGAAAGCCACGCCCGAGAAAGCUGAUGUGGUUUUGGAGCCUCUGAAAAACUAG